UCUGUCGUUUGUUUUGCCACAACACGUGGGCGUGCGACUGCGAUCUCUGUGGAGUUUUCUGGAAGGGUUUGGUUGGUAUAAUAGAGCAAUAAUCUUGAUUUUCUGGUUUAUUAUAGCUCGAACCCGGGCUCUGCGUCUGUCAGGGUUGACGGAUCAAAUCGAUAGAACUUCUCAAAACAGCUUUUGGCGUUCACCAUCGAGGAGGAGCAAAGCCCACGAAAGACUGAUAACUGGCUAAUCAAUCAUGUCGAGCAAUGAAGGAGCGCCAGCUGAUGGCUCUGGCUCGGGCGACGGGCGCCGAGACCAGGUGAGGGACAUGCAGGGUCUGUUGCGCCUCAGCAUCCAGCACGGCACGGCAGAGCCGGCUGACCCAGGUGCGCCGAUGGACGACGAGCGCCGUCAGUUCCUGGCCGCAGCGAUGCACCACGCCAGCUCGGCCAUCGCGGAUGCCCUACGGACAGCGCUGGCGGCGCUCGCCGAGACAGACACCGAGCGACAGCUGGCCGCCCUACGCGUGCUCCGAGAUCACGUCGACCAGGUGGACGUCGCCAACGACUUCGAGAAGAUGGGCGGCCUGGCGGCGGUGCAGCCGCUGCUGGCCAGCGCUGACGGGGAGAUCCGUGCCGAGGCGGCCGGCGUGCUGGGCGACAUGGUGCAGAAUAACCCGCAGUGCCAGCGGGCGGCGCUGGCGGCCGGCCUGCUGCCGCAGCUGCUGAAGGUGGUGCAGGCCGACCCGGAGCCGGUGCCGCGCGUCACCGCGCUGCAGGCCGUCUCGGGUCUCCUGCGCCACUACCCGCCCGCCCAGGCGGUGUUCUGCGCGCAGGACGGCUGCACGGCGCUGGUGUCUGCCAUGCAGAGCGGCCAGCCGCGCAUGCAGACCAAGGCCGCCUUCCUGCUCGGCACCGUGUGUUCGGAGAGCGGCGAGCUGCGGCGCCGGGCGCUGGACGUAGGUCUGAUAGAGCAGGUGUGCGGCCUGCUGGCGGCGCCGCACCAGAGCUGGCACGAGCACCUACUGGCCGCGCUGACAGUUCUGGCGGCUGACGGAGGCCGGGCGGCGGCCGAGUGUCGCCGGCCCGAGCUGCGGCUGGCCCAGCUUCUGACAGUGCGCGAACAGGAACUGAAGGGACUGGAUGAGGCGCUGGAGGUGCUCGAGCACUGCCGCACACUCCGGCAACUCUGUUUCUCGGCUGAAGAUGAGGGCGAGCGGUGAUGUAAUUCUGUGUUUACAUCUGACGUACUAAUUGCUGUGCAGUUAGGCUUGGCAGGCUCGAUGUCGUUGCAAAUGUCCGCGAUGCAAAGUGCCACGGUUUCAGUAAGGCAAGAAACCGUUACGGCUUACGCAGACCUAGCACUCUAACGUAAUAUUCAUUCGGUGCGACACGUGCCACCAGCGCUUGGUAAGACAUGUAGCCUAAAGCAUAAUCGCCUGAAAGCAUGGUGUCCAAAUGGAUCCCAUUUAAGAUAUGGACAUUUCAUUGCAACCGUGUUCGAAAGAUGUGUCGUUCGGUCAUAUUAUUGUCAUUUAUUUUGCAGUCAUAUUGGUGAGGAAUUGGCGUCUUAUACUUGUUACAUGACUUAUUGGCCACUCUGUAUUGCCAUGAUGUCCUGAAUAAUCAACAAACAGUUCAUACUGGGUUGUGAAAACUGAAAA